AUGUCUUUCUUAAACAAGGAUAAAGAAGCCAACACCGGCGUGUUGGGCUCGCUAGGCUCCAAGUCAUCCGAAGGUCCCCAAGAUGUCCAAGAGGGUGUGAUGGCCGACAACGCUGACAAUCUCCAACGCCACCUCGGAAAUCGUCAGAUUCAGCUUAUUGCUAUUGGAGGUUCUAUUGGCACAGCCCUCUUCGUGAGUAUUGGCUCCGGUCUUUAUCAUGGCGGGCCCGGCAGCUUGUUCCUUGCAUACACUUUGCAAAGUAUAGUCCUCGCAAUGGUGAACAACUGCUUGGCUGAGAUGAGUACUGCGUACCCUGUCAGCGGUGGUUUUAUCCGUUUAGCUGGCAAAUGGGUAGACGAUGCUCUCGGUUUUAUGGUCGGCUGGAACUUUUUUUUCUACGAAGCACUGUUGAUUCCCUUCGAGAUCUCGGCUUUUACCCUUGUACUAUCGUACUGGUCCCCUACGAUCACUGAACCUGGCCCAGUUGCCGGGAUUGUUGCUGCAAUUGUUAUAUGCUAUGGUACCCUCAACAUCAUGGCUGUCAAAGCGUAUGGUGAAGCUGAGUUUUGGCUCUCGAGCGGCAAGGUUAUUCUGAUCUUCGCCUUGUUCCUCUUCACCUUCGUCACAAUGGUUGGUGGUAACCCUGCCCAUGAUGCAUACGGCUUCCGCUAUUGGAACAACCCGGGUGCCUUCAUGGAAUAUUUAGAUACCGGCAACCUUGGUCGUUUUGAAGGGUUUUUGGGAGCACUUUGGUCUGCCUGUUUCUGCGUCGUCGGCCCUGAGUAUAUUUCGAUGGUCGCUGCUGAAGCCAAACGCCCUCGCAUCUAUAUCAAGAAUGCCUUCAAGACAGUCUAUGUUCGAUUCGGGCUCUUCUUUAUCGGCGGUUCCCUGGCCGUGGGUAUUAUCUGCUCCGCGAGGGAUCAUCAAUUGUUCGAAAUUGUGGUCAACGGCAAAGGCAGUGGUGGUGCUGGAUCAUCGCCGUAUGUCAUUGGCAUGACCAAUCUCGGCAUUUCGAUUUUCCCUUCUAUCAUCAACGCGCUUCUGUUGACUUCGAUCUUUUCGGCUGGCAAUACCUACACUUACUGCGCUAUCCGCACUCUUUACGGACUGGCCCUCGAGGGCAGAGCCCCGAGGAUCCUCACUCACACCACACGCAAAGGUGUGCCGAUCUACUGUUUCGCCAUUGUGAUGAUUUUUCCGAUACUUUCGUUUAUGCAGGUUUCCAGUAGCUCUGCCAUAGUCAUCACAUGGUUCGCGAAUCUAGUCACUGCCGGAGGGCUUAUUAACUACAUCAGCAUCACCCUGACUUACAUUUUCUUCCACCGGGCCUGCAAAGCUCAAGGUUUGGACCGCAGCACUCUUUCUUAUUACGCACGGUUCCAACCGUUCUGUGCGUAUUUCGGGCUUGUGUGGAUGAUCCUCGUUGCAAUCUUAUACGGCUAUCCUGCAUACAAACCGUGGAACGUGCAAACAUUCUGGUCCGAUUACACGAUGCAGAUUGCGAUCCCUCCGCUCUUCCUCAUCUGGAAACUUGUCAAGAAGACGCGAUUCGUUCGGCCUAAGGAAGCAGAUCUGGUUUGGGAAAGGCCUCUUAUCGAUGCCUACGAGGCAAGCUUUAUCGAUCCCCCAGUAGGCUUCUGGAGGGAAGUCGGUCAAAUGGUCGGCCUUGCACGAAUUAAAGGUGGCAAUGACAAGAGAAGAGUCUCUUCUGUUGCACACCCUGCCAGUGGGACCGCAGAAGAGAUGGUCGGAACUGCAGAAGGGAUAACGGCGUGA